CGAGAAGCCAGAAUCCUGCGUCGUCUGGAACACCCGUACAUCGUGAAGCUGAGCAGUGCUUUCAUCGAGGCAAAGCAUGAGCAUGGGACAGUCAUGAAGGGAUACCUGAAGAUGCCCGUUGCCAUCGGAGGAACGCUGUGGAGCUGGAUGCAGCAAGUGAAGCCGAGCGACCAGCAGAAGCACCGAGUGCUGAUGCAGAUUCUUCAAGGGCUAGAGCACCUGCGUCAAAAUAGGAUCGUGCACUGCGAUAUCAAGCCAGCAAACAUCUUGAUGUCGUCACAGAACGAGCAUGCCUUGCCGCAGAUAGCAGACUUUGACGUUUCUAAGGAGCAAGAGGAUCGUGCAAGGGAGUUGGCAGCUACUGUGACCGCUACCAUAGCUGUAGGGACACUUGCCUACAUGGCUCCGGAGCUGAUCAAUAUGCAUUCAAGGCAGGGGAGAGUCUCGCACAAGUCAGACAUGUACUCGUAUGGGGUUUUGAUGCUUGAGUUCCUGACUGAGUCUCCAUCGCGAGGGAUCCAAGGAGAUGACACCCCGCGGCUGCUAGAUCAACUGCAGCAAUAUGCAAAAGAUCUCAUUUCUCAGCUGAUCAUUCCCGAUCCCAACAAUCGACUGUCAUCCAUCCAAGCUCUGACUCAUCCUUAC